AUGUCAUCGAAGGACGACCACGUCGCAAAUCAUGAGUUGAUUCAUUUAAUAUAUCAGCAUUUGAAAGAGAAUGGCUACGAGAAGGCUGCCAACGUGCUCAAAAAACAUGCUCCUAAGGUAAAGACGGAAACCUCUUCACUGACAUUAAAUGACAUCUACAAGACAUGGGCUGAUAUGGUGAUUAAAAAGAAGAAUAGUAAACAUGGAAAAAGCACAGUGAAAUGUACCACAACACCCGAUUCCGUAAUCAGCUCUGAUGAAGGAGAUACGCCGCCUGCAUUAGGAUCAAAUGUGACAGACAGUAACAGCAGCACUGUGCUGAAAAAGAAUUCACAGACCUCUGUGCCAUCUGCGAAAAGGAAAAGACAGGAGAAAAGUAAGGCGAAGUCUGAGAAGAGUAGGAAAAAGAGCAAGUCAUCGUCAUCGUCUGAGGCUAAGAGUGAGUGCCCAGCUCCUGCACCUCCUCUGUCCGCAGGAGUCGACUCGGACUCGGACUCCGACAGCAGUCUGGAUGUGGAGAAAUGGAAGAAGUUGGCUCUUCAACUAACAGAGGCUGAUAUUAGGAGCGUGGAUGAACUGGUGAGUUCCAGUGUCCCGAGUGAUACUGUCCCUAAGGCUGCUAAAAAGGAAAAGAAAGCAAAACAGACUAAGUCAACAAAGCAGGCAAAAACAAAAGAGAAGGAGAAAAAUGCGAAACCGAAGAGCCCGUCUAAGAAUAGCCAAACUCCUCAUGCCAGCUCUGAACCCUCCUCAACCAAGACAACCCCUAAGAAGAGCAAACCUAAAGUUUCUCACAGCAUCUCAGGCUCUGAUGAAGCUACAACCAUCUCUGAAAAGGACAACACUAAGUCAGAAACUGAUCAAACCAGAACACCUCCCAAGAAGAGUAAAACUGACAAAUCCAAGACUGAUGACAGCCUGCCAGAAACAGAUCAAACAAAGAACUCCUCAAAGAAGGGCAAGUCCAAGGUUUCCAAAAGCCUCUCGGAUCCCGAGCCGACUGGAUCGCCUUCUAAGAAGGGUGAAGCUAUCAACGGCCAUUCAGAGCCCGAUGCCAGUGAGACCUCAUUGAAGAAAGGCAAAGCUGAGAGUAGCUCCGCAGAGACAGACAAGGCCAAGACUCCUUCAAAAAAGAGCGAGACUAAAAUUGCUAACACCCUUUCAGAUCCUGCACUCCCCAAGGCUUCCUCUAGCACGGCCAAGAGCAUGUCCAAAAAGAACGAUAAGGCCGUCAGCGGCCCCUCUGAUCAGACCCAGACUCCAUCCAAAAAAACUGAAAGCAAAGUCUCUGCUGAAUGUUCGGAUACAGCAGAGAGUCCUUUGAAGGAAGGGGAGGUCCUUCCUUCAGCCGCUGUGUUUACCCCAUCAGAGGAAUGCUCUACUCCUGUUACUCCUCUAAAGGAGGGCAAAAAGUCAUCUAAGAAAAGAAAAGAUGCAGAAAGUAAAAAUGUACCCAAGCAAGAGGAAAGCGCAAAUGAGUCCGUAUCAUCCCACUCGGACACCCCGAAACCCUCAGAAAAGAAAAGCAAAGUUAAAGCCGCAGCGGAGGGCGAACUUGUCCCAACCAGUGUGAAUGCCAUUUCAGAGGAGGAGGCCCUAUCUGCCGCUCUUAAACAGGACGGCAAAAAAUCAUCCAAGAGAAGAACAACUGAAAACGAAGGAAAUUUAAAUCUACCUAAAACCACGGAGACCACAGAGGAUGGUACAGAACCUCUGUCGAUAAAAGACACCCACAAGUCCUUAUCAAAAAGCAGCAAAUCUAAGACCAAGGAGGGAAGCACCUUGGUCUCUGCCAGCCUAAACACCAUGCCAGAAGAAGGCUCUAGCCCCGCCCCUCCCAAACACAAAGACAACAAGUCAGCCAAUAAAAGAAAAGCUCCAGAGGAAGAAGGCACAGAUAGUUCUAAAACUGAGACAGAUGCACCAGAGCCCAAGAAAGCAAAGAAACACAAGAAAGAUAAAGCGAAGGAGGCAGAUGAGAGAAUAGAAUGCGUUGUUUCCUCACCUUUGCCAUUGGUCCAAGAUGAAAGUAAUACAAAUGUACCAGAGCCCAAAAAGGCCAAGAAAGACAAAAAAGCCAAGGGAAAAAACAAGGCAAAUGAGGAAAUGGAAGUAGGUGCUGUUGAUUCAGUUACACCACUUGCCCAAGAUGAAAAUAACAAAGAUGUAUCAAAACCGGAGGAAAAUGCAUCAGAGCCCAAAAAGAUAAAGAAAGGCAAGAAAAACAAAGAAAAGAAAGUAAAUAACACAGAAGACACAGAAGGAGAUACAGUUAACUCAUCAACACAACUGGAGGAGACGUUGUCUGUUGAAGAAGUUGCCAUGACAACCACCCCCACCAGUCAGAAGAAGAAAAAGAAGAAAAAAGAAAAAGAUCAGAAUGAAGAGAAGAUUACUGAAACUCCUGCCGUGCCAACUCCUACCCCUGAAGAGGAAGCCCCAAAAAAGGUAGUACAGCCCUAA